UCCCGGGAGGUGGUGAGGCGUUCACUUUAGGCCGGGGCGCUCCAGUGCGACCAUGGACCGGAGGAAAAAGCCCUUGGACGUCACGGCGUCCUCGUUGGUAGACCUUAAGGCUGAACUCUUCCGAAAACAAGAAGAAUUCAAACAAGAAAAACUUCUAAAAGAUGCUGGAGUUUUGGGGAAACCAAAACCAACUACUAAGAAACCAAGUAUCUGGAGCAGACAAAACGCAGGAGUUUCUAAUCGAGCUGAGAAGGAUGCUGAACAGAAGAUUGAGGAACAGAAGACUUUGGACAAAGCGAGGGAGAAAUUGGAAGAAAAAGCCAAAUUAUAUGAAAAAAUGACUAACGGAGACUUCAUAGAUGAAGAAGUGGAGGAUAUGUACCUUGUGGAUUUCACACAGAAGAUCAUAGACAAACACAAAGAAAUGGAAGAGAUUGGUGCCAAUAGAGAUUAUAGAAGGACAGAAAGAGAUGAUGAUGAAGAAACCGUUUCUGAAAAAGAUAUCCCUCCUCCCCAGGACCCCAGUGAAGAAUGGGUGGAUUAUGUGGAUUCUUUAGGGCGAUCCCGGCGCUGUAUGAGAAAGGAUUUGCCACAUCUGCUGGAAAUGGAUAAAAAUCUUCAGGGGAGGCUUUUCGUUAGUCCUGCAAAUGAAAAAACCUUACUAUCUGAAGAUAUGAGAAAAGAACUCCAGCGCCAGCAAUGGGAGGAAGAAGAGAGGGAGUCCCUGAGAAGGCCAAUGGGGCCCGUACAUUACGAAGACAUUCGUGAAAAUGAGGCCCGGCAACUUGGUGUUGGAUACUUUGCCUUUGCCCGAGAUAAAGAGUUGAGAAACAAGCAGAUGAAAACUUUAGAAAUGCUGCGUGAGCAGACAACAGAUCAGAGAACAAAACGAGAAAAUAUAAAGGAAAAGAGAAAGGCUAUGUUAGAAGCAAGACUUGCCAAACUCCGACAAAAAAAGAUGAAAAAAUCAAAAGAGGAUGGAGCAGAGGAAGAAGAUAGAGAUGGAGAUGUUAUUGGGCCAUUGCCACCAGAACCAGAGGUCAUGCCAGCUCCUCAUACAGCUGCCCAGAGUAGCAAAGUCGAAGUCAUCGUUCAGGAGAGGAAGGAUACCAGGCCUGGGGUGCCGCACGUCCGCGAGUGGGACAGAGGAAAAGACUUUUCCUUUGGGUAUUGGUUGAAGAGGCAAUCAGAUCUCCGGGCUGAGAGAGACCCUGAGUUUGCCCCACCAUCGAAUUACUUUGUGGACCAAAAAAGAACUGGUUCUCUGAGUAGCCAGGCAUGGAACAGACCUGCACCUGCACAGAGUGACCCGGGGCAGCACUCUGGCCAGAGCCAUGACCCCGGCUCUUCACAUACAUCAUCCACUCCAGCCCCUAGCGGCCCACCACAAGCCCAGGCGGUCACUUUUGAAACCCUGGAUGAUAUGAUUUCAUACUAUAAACAAGUGACAUGAACUUAAAAACACUAUAACUUGGGUUUGUACUGUUGACGGUGCCUUCCUUUCCCAGAGCAAGAAAAUAACUUAACUUUAGGGACUGAAUUGUAACUUUCUCUUCCUGUCUUUUCCCUGAAGAUCCAGACUUCAGGCUGUAUUUUUCAGCAGCAGGGAAGAAAAUGAAUGGUACUGUGGGAAGUCUGGCCACUUAGCUGUUCAUUUCAUUCUAAUUGGUAUGGAUAUACCAAUUCAUCUGGAUUUACAUGUGAGCUGAGAUAGAGUAAACAUACUCUGUAAUAUUUGAUACUAAGGAGUUUGUAAUCCUGUCUGCUUCAUACCCACUCCCAUGACUUACUCAGAUUUAAGGGUUCCACUCCUUUCCUUUUGCCAGUACUAGCUUGUAGAUGUCUUUGUUCCAAGCAUUCAGCUUCCAGGUCAUUUGGUGGAGCAUCUGUCAGGAAGAAUUUUGGCCUGUCAAAUGGUGGCACAUGAGGGUACACUGGGAGGCAAAGUGAUCUAGUCUCCAGGAGGACCCUGACACUGAUGGAGAAUUAAGCACGUCAUUUGAAAUGAUCAAGAAGACCAGGGAGGACUUCACAAUCCAGAAAGGUAGACAUUGACGUCACUUGUUCUUACUAUCACCCCUUCUUGAGUGGCGAUUAUCACAGCCACGCAUAGUGGGUGUUCAUUAAGUGUGUAUUGAGUGACGGGCACAUGUGGAGGUUGCUGGGCAUGGUAAGAGCAAGAGAUGCUCCUUAGCCACCAGGGUUGGUUUUUCAUCUCCGCCUGCCUCCCUGGUUCUCCCGCUCUGGGCCCUGAUCUCUCUCGGGAGCUGAGUCACCUCAGCCUGGGUGGGAUGGACUUGCGCUGGAGCGAGGGACAGCAAGGUCCUUUUGACUUUACUAACAACGAGUGGGUGAGCAGAGCUCCAGAAGGACUUCCUGUGCCUGAGUACCGUUCCCGUCCUCUACCUACUACACCACAGUGUCCUCUUCACAGCUGCAGACAAGCAGUAGAAGUUGACCACCAGAUCCACAGGGCUGUUACAGCUGCCUCCCAGGCCAGUGAGUCUUGUAAGAAGGUGCUAGAGCAGGUCCUUGAAGCGCCUGCUGGAGCCCGUGGUCUCUGUCCCCACAGCACAGUGGUGUUGCUGGGAGCACCCCUGUUCUCAUUAUGGAUUGCAAGCUGGAGCACAGAGAGGGUCAGUGAUUCAUCACGUGAUGUCUAAGUGACAGAUGGUUUAGGUGCAGGUUUGCUUCAGACUCAUGUUUUCUUCAGCACCCUCUGCUCUCAGUCUUUUUCCCCAGUAUUGAGCAGUAAUAGACAAAAUUCCAAAUUCUUGCAAACUUAACCUCUGAAGUCCAGAUCAAGGGUGGAGUUGCAAGACCUAUUAAAUGGUCAUUUUGUCAGCCUGAUCAGGCAAAUACCUCUCCUAACAAAAAUGAAAACCAACUGACCCAGCUGCCUUUUUCUGCAGGAAUUGACAAACUCAUCCUAAAAUUCAUAUGGAAUUGCAAGGGACCCAGAAUAUCAAAUAUUCAAAACAAUUUUGAAUAAGAACAAAGUUGGGGGACUCACUUCCUGAUUUCAAGACUUACUACAAAGCUACAGGGAUCAAAACAAUGUGGUACUGGAUUUCCCUCUUGGCACAGUGGUUAAGAAUCCUCCUGCCAAUGAAGGGGACACGGGUUCGAGCCCUGAUCCGGGAAGAUCCCACAUGCCGUGGAGCAACUAAGCCUGUGCGCCGCAACUACUGAGCCUGCGCUCUAGAGCCCGGGCACCUAGAGCCCAUGCUCUGCAACAAGAGAAGCCACCACAGUGAGAAGCCCGUGCACCACAACUAGAGAAAUCCUGCGUGCAGCAACGAAGACCUAACACAGCCAAAAAUAUAUAAAUAAAUAAAUUUAUAAAAAGCAAAAAACAAUGUGGUACUGACAUAUUGAUAAAUCACUGAAACAGAGUUGAGAGUCCAGAAAUAAACCCAUACAUCUAUGGUCACUUGAUUUUUUGACAGUGGUGCCAAAAUCAUCCAGUAGGGAAAGAACAGUCUUCUACAGAUGGUUCUGGGACAGCUGACUCGCCACAUGCAAAACAAUGGACUUGGACCCAUAGCUCACACCACAUACAAAAGCACCUCAAAAUGGACCAAAGGCUUAAAUGUAAAACUGUAAAACCAACUGAAACAGCUUGUAGGACAAAAGGAGAGGAGAGAAAAAGAAAAAUUGGAAUACUAAAAGGAAAAAACAAUUAUUAGGUAUCCUAGAAUCAUAAGGAAAAAUAGAAGAAAAGAGAAGGUGAAUAAUAGACAAAUAAGAGAAAGAUGGGAAGAGGGUGUGUUUAUAAGGUAGAGCAGAAGGACUCGAGAGGCAUAGUAUAGAGAAGGGAUGGGAAGACUAGUCAGGCAGCAACAAGCGCAUGAGUAUAGGAGGAAGUGGUCGCGGAAGGGGCCCCCAAAUAACCUUUUGUCCUUGCCCAGGGCACCCACAGUGGAUGGCAGAGCAGUCUGUGCACGUUGGCUCAGGGUCACUGUCGACUAAUAACUGUAAGUUGGAUAUUCUCUAGGAUUUCAAAGACUGUGUAAGCCUUUUUCUAAUCCCCUUUUAACAGCAUAUGUUGAGUGUUUUAUGAGCCCAGUUUUAUCCUCUUCCAUUUCAGACUCAAGGUCCUUCAGCGUUCACACAAUUCCAGUUCUACUGUUUCUCGUGGGCCUGUUUUGUAGGAGUGUGUCCAGCAGAUGGCACUGGAGUUCUUAGACUGCAGACCUGUGCUCUGGUAGCACCGCCCAGUAGAAAUGGGGUGUAAGCUGUGUGUGUCAGUUUCAGUUUUCUAGGAACCACAUUUAAAAAGUGAAAUUAAUUUUGUGGUAUAUAGUCAUCCCUCUGUAGGUGCCAGGACCUGCCAUGGAAACCAAAAUCCGUGGAUGCUCAAGUUCCACAGGCGGCCCUCUGUACCCACAGUUCUGUAUCUGUGGUUUCAACUAACUGUGGAUCCUGUAGUGCUGUAGUAGUGUUGAAAGAUACGCGCAUAAGUGGACCCUCACAGUUCAAACCCAUGUUGUUCAAGGGUCAACUCUAUUUAAUCCAGUAUAUCCAAAAUAUUUCAACAUUUAAUCAAUAUACAAAACGUUUAAUGGGAUGUUUUGCAUUUCUUUUCACACCAAGUCUUCAAAAUCCACUGUGUAUCCACUUAUAGCCCAUCUUAAUUCAGAUGCUAAAUUUUCAUCAGGAGUACUUGAUCUGUAUUUAGAUUUCAUAAAAUAAACAUUUGAAAGUAGAUUCAUAUACCCAGGUUCGUCCAAACAUACUUAAAACAUUUAAGAGUUUGCCAAUAACUGAAUUGAUUACCAAGUUUUAAAUUUAAUAAUAUUAAAAUGUAGUUCCUUAGUCAUACUAUACCACAUUUCAGAUGCUCAAAAGACACGAGUCUAGUGCUACUGAAUGCACAGCACAACUCUAAAUGAUCUGUUUUUACAUGUUUUGUGGUCUGACUAUACAUAACUCUCCUGUUAGUAACUAAAGGACUGGCAAACACAUCUCUUCCAAGCAUACAUUAAGCAUUCACGCUACUCCUAUGGCUUGUUUGACUUGGGAGCCAGCAGUGCUGAAAUCUAUCAGAAAGCAUGACCCCACCUCAUUCGUGGCAUUGUGGAGCUAAACGAAAUGUUUUGGAUCAGAAAUUGCUUUGAAUUAUUUGUUUUCAUUGUAAUCUUUUCUCCAGGCCUUUGUGUGUUUUGAUACAGUUCAUUUGAAUUGGCUAAAUAAAUCAUUUUGUUUGCUUGCACAACUCCCAAAGGAGAAACUUUAAAUCCAUAUACAUGAGAUUCCUGCUAUGUUUAGCCCUGCAUUUGCCGAAGACUUGUGGGAUAAUUUAUUUCCUCUUAAAGCCGUAGUGCAGCCUGGGAGAUGGCUAUCAGCUGACCUUGUUGUGACACACAGAUGAGGCAGUAGAAUUUAGAAUUUGGAAUGGACGUGGGUACUGGUCUUUACAGUUAAUACAACACAGAGUAGCCACGCCAUAUGUGUUUAAUUUUUUUUCAGCCAGAAAAUUGAACUAAGUCAGUUAUAUGUCAGGCAGUUCCUGUAAAAAACUAUAUGGCUAAGGUAAGUCGUGAUAAUUGAAAAGAAUUUGUUAACCUGCUGAAAACCAUGAGAGAAAAUGAAACUCCCCUGGUCCUGGCACCUGCCCUGCUGGCUGGUAGGUGGUGAGGCAUUUGCUGGUGUGGACCUGGGCAUUGGCUUAAUGUUCAGAGCAUGUGUGUGGGGCGGGGCAGAGUGGGGAGAACAGUGGGAUGGUGUAGAUCAUUGUCUAGGAAAUGGGAAAACCAGAACAAUCAAAAGAAGCAGGGUGUUUUAGUGAAAACCUGUCACCCAGGCUGAGUAUUGAUCUUCUGUUACCGUUUCUCGGUAAAUCCCAGCUGUUCGUGUAACCAUGCCCAGUAAAUGUAUGUCUGUCCAGUGAUGGGAGUGGUCACCAGUAUUACUUGUUUUCUACCCUCUAUUUAAACAGCAUCUUUCCCCACUACAUUUCUAACUGCCAUGUUCUCUCCAACUCUAAGCUCAUCUGCUAGGUGGUGGUUUUGCCCGGUUGUAAAAACCUUCCCUGGGGUACGAUGCAUUCUGUUUCUCUUUGGUUGUUAUCAGCAAGUAAGCUUCCCUGAGCUUGAACACGGGUGUAGCUCUUGACCUCUCAGUCCCCACACCACUCCUCUCUGCACAGACAGUCUCAGUUGUUCAGGGUUGAUAUGGAAACCAGGAAACACAAGAAUGGGCCCUGCUCCCAGCCCAGGUCUCCCAGGUCACAAGCCUGUCUGAGAACAUGCUGCUUUCUUUUCAGGGAGCCUUGUUUAUUGUCUUCUUUCCUAAAGUGUCAUCUUUACCUUAAAACUGAAAGACUUUGUAUCUCUGCUUCCAAUUAUGAUCAGCAUAGGUGUUUAUGGGAUGUGUAAUCAAUGUAGACCUGCCAUUUGUGUGUUUUUUUUUAAAUUUAACAUUUCUCAAAACUGAGCUCAAGUUAUUUUUUUGCUGCCUUAUACUUCAUAUUAAUCUGCGUCGUUGUCAAACAGUUCCUCAGUUGUUGGCUGGCUACGUUAUUUCACUGUUAGGGAUGAAGUGGCUAUAAGCAUCUUUUUGUUUGGUUUGACCACAUUUGAAGAACUAUCUUCCCUCCUCCUUUUAAAACUGUUCCCUUGGGCAUUACUUUCAGAACUAAAAUCACUGGGUCAAAGCACUGAUCAUUUUUUUGUCUCUCGAUGGGUCUUGCCGGGAGACUCAUCUUAAUGGCCCUUUGGUGCCACAGUAGAUCCCCCUGGUGGAGGAUGCAGGUGGUUUGCAAGUGGAUUCAACUCGAGGAAGAGCGGUGACUGAGGUUGCAGUCUUGAGAGCAAACCUUGCUGGGCAGCAGGCAGUUAAGCUUGAUCGUAUGCACGUGACCCCCCUCUCCUUCCUCUCAGAUCCACUUCUCUCCAUAGCUCAGCCCUUCUUCCUCUCAUCUGCUAGAGAAUUCGAGCGUCUGUCCAGAACGUUCUUUUAUAUAUUGAAUGGAGAGGACAGCGUCUAUUAGUUUUUCUAAUUCCAUUUCCACCUCUUGCGUGCAUCAGGUGCGGGCUUGUUCUCUUACCUGUCCCAGCCUGAAGCUGCGCUUACUCACAGGUGGCAGUCACAUGGUUACAUCUGGACUCACUGUCCUUAUCAAAAGCGUUCUGGUUAAAACCAGAGAGAGUCAGAGACUAGAGAAAAUAGCAAACAAAGUCAGGACCAGAUUACUUGAAGGAGCAAAGUUUAAUUUUGGUUUUAAAUAUACAGCUGGAUACAACUUCUACCCAAAAAUGUAUUCUUGAAUCAGUGCCAGUUUUGUAAGUCUGUUCUGCCUGUUGAGCAUUGAGCUACUUGAGGGCAAGGCCUGUGUCUCAGUGAUGGAAAAAUGAACGAGUGACAAUGAAAAUUAGAUAUAUGGAAAGGAGGGAGUGAUGUUGUUCCCACACGGCUGGUUGUCCAUCAGGAAUCACAUUUGGCUGCAGGAACAGAGAUCUGAAUAAAGGGUCUUAAAGAGAUUAGGAGUUCGUUCUCUCAGGUGAAACAAGUUUGGAGGCAGGUGGUUAAGUGCUGGUGUGUGGGUGCCAUGAUGUCAGCAGGAGUCCGGGCUCUGUGCCUCUGCUCGGCCACCUUUAAUGCAUGGCUUCCCUCCUCAAGGUAACCUCAUGGCUCCAGAUGGCUGCCAGAGUUACAGCCAUCUCAUCCAUUCCAGACAAGAAGAAAGAGAAGGGCAGUGAGUAAAGAAAAAGUGUUCUCUCCAUGCAGACAGACUUCUUGAAAAGAUGUCCAGGAUCCCACCCAACAGCUCCACCUGCAUCUCAUAGGCCAGAAUGGAGUCACGUGGUCACCUCUAGCUGAAUUUUGCAGAGAUAAAUACAUGGUAACAAAUAGAGGUUAUUUGUGCAUUUAAUUUAAAAUGAUGUUUCUUUUCAAAAAAAGCAGUUGUUCAAUCUGAAAAGACUCUUCUCCAAAGAAGAUAUAAAAGUGGAAAAGUGGCCAAUAAACACGUGAAAAGGUGCUCAACAUCAUUAGUCGUUAGGGAAGUGCAAAUCAAAAACACAGUGUGCCACUUCACACCCUCUAGGAUGGCACUAAAAUAAAAAAGACAUAAUAACAAGUGUUGACAAGGACAUGGAGAAAUUUAAAACCUCAUACAUUACUGGUUUUGUAAAAAGAACUGUAGAAUGGUGCAGCCACUUUGGAAACCAGCCUGGUAGUUCCUGAAAAUGUUAAACAUUGAGUUAUCAUAUGACCCAGCAAUUCCAUUCCUGGGUAUCAACCCAAGAGAAUGAAAGCAUCCAUUCACAGAAAAACUUGUA